GGGGCAGGUAGUUUCAACUUUCUCAGAUUCACUCUGUACCAGCAGUAGGUAACAGGCAGGGCUCCGUGUCGGAAGAUCCUGCUAGCUGCAAGUGGUGUGGACCACAAAGCAGGAGUAGAAUCGUGUUUCAUCAACUGUCAGCAACUCUCGAUUUAACAGGGAAUUUCUCCGGCAGAUCACAGGGUUAAUAUUGUGUAGGCAUAAUUGUGCGUGUUCGUUUAGGAGUUUGAUCGUUACAGGAAUCAACUCUGUAACAUUUACAAAUGUUAAUAGCAGUUACGUGUUUAUUGUACACAUCUUUCCGUCACAAAUAAAUAGCAGCAACUUUGUGGCGUUUAAGAAGUCCUUGUGGGUUUUCUGUGCACUCUUCAAAUUAUUGAUAGUAGCAAGAAAUUACUUUAAACCGUUUGAAUUGAGUAGGUAAUUGUUCGAGCGCCAGGUCUGCCAAUUGAUCAUACAAGUUGGCACUACAUUUCGGAGAGUGGAGAACCUUUGCUUUCAUGCCAUUGAGCUCUGUGAUUGAUUAGGGACGCUCCAAGUGUGGACGUAUGAAUGAGUGGAUCUUCACUGGACCCUGAAAUGGUCCUAUUUAGAAGUUCACUGGUUACAGCGAGCGAUUGAUUGCCUGCAGCUACGGCAGGAAGUGGAGGAAUCGUGGACAAGGCAUUUGACGAUAGUUAAGGGAUUUCUGUCUGCUGAGAAGUAUUUUGAAGUGUUGCUUCUUAUUUGUGAAUGUUUAAAGGAAGUUAAAUAUCAUCUGAGCUACUUCAAGAAUAUGGCGUGUGCACAGCGAAGUUAAUUGAGAAUGUUAGUUUCGAAGCGGUUGUUUGUUGUUGUUGUUGUUGCUAUUGAUGGACUCAAUUUAUUCCUGAAAACGCGACGAGAGUAGUUAUACACAUUACAACCUUUCUCUUUUAUUUGAUCCAUGUAAACUGUUUUAAAUAAGAGUACAGAUAAUUGUAACGGAGUUUGAAUGUAUGACUCACUGGGACUGAAUAGCAGAACAAGAACUUUAUUGAAUAAUUGCGAGAAAAAAAGACAUUUGAUGUAAAACAGUUGUGACAUGUUGUAAUUUAAUAUCUAGCACAAUCCUGAAAAUAUUACACAAAUGCCUUGUCUUCACACUUUUACAGUGCCGAUGCUGUAAUAAAUCCAAAAUACUAAGAAAUAUGCGUUGUUCAAAAGUACAGGGCCAGUGUAUUGUGAAUUGGUCGUCAGAUGUUUUGUGUGAAGACGGAAGGAACUUCAAGAAACGAGACUCAUAUUCCGUUGUUGCAAGUCUGAUGUGGUGGUGAUUGUGGUGAGACAAGAUGUGUGGUGAUCGUUCUCACGAGGUGAUGUGAUGAUAUGAUGAUGUGACAAACAUUAUGCUCCAGUCUCGCUGCUGUUGCCCUGGCCGACGGCUCCGAGUGCUUUGUCUUCUGGCUGUCAUCUCCGUCCUGCAAAGCAACGGAAGCUUCAGGGUGAUGUCCAGCGUCGUGGCUGCUCUGGAGGCCCACGUGAUCUGCGGGCGAAUUCCCGGCCUGACGGCGCGACAGCGUGAGAUGUGUCGCUCUUCGCCCGAUGCCAUGGUCGCCGUAGGGGACGGUGUGCGUCUCGGCACUGUCGAGUGUCAGGAACAGUUCCGGCACCGUCGCUGGAACUGCUCCGCCAUCGGAAGUGGCAGCGUCUUCGGCCAUGUCGUAGUGGUCGGCAGUCGCGAGGCCGCCUUCACUUACGCCGUCUCUAGCGCCGGAGUCGCUUACGCCGUACUGCACAACAACAAGGCGGGCCGCAAGGCCGUCAAAGUGAACCUGCACGUGGAAUGCAAGUGUCACGGAGUGUCUGGCAGCUGCACGAUGAAGACUUGCUGGAAGACGCUGCCCGCGUUCCGUCAAAUCGGCGACAGUCUCAUGCGCAAGUACAGUCGAGCUCGCGCGGUUAUGGCUGUGGAUGUUGGGUCCCGCCCGGGACGGCGAAGUAGGAACCUCCAGCUGGUCCUCAGGAAGCCCCCGCCCCGUGGACAGCAGCUGCUGGAGAAGAAGAGGGCCCCGCGACGCUCUGACCUCGUGUUCCUCCAGGAGUCGCCCAACUACUGUGAGCGGGACCCUGCCACCGGCUCCAUGGGCACGGUGGGCCGCCACUGCAACCGGACCUCCAGAGGCACAGAAGGCUGCGACCUGAUGUGCUGUGGUCGAGGCUACAACACGCACCAGUUCACCAGAACUUGGCAGUGCCGCUGUAAGUUCCAUUGGUGCUGCUAUGUGAAGUGCGACACGUGUAGUGAACGGACGGAAGAGUACACGUGUGUCAGACUCGUCCGAUGGAGUGGAAGUUGCCAACUAACCAACUCACACCUUGGUAAAAUACUGUUAAGAAAUAUACCGUUAUGGAACCCUGGUGUUCCUCACCCUGAUAACAAAAGCUUCGCCACUGGACCACAUCUUGAACCUGCUCAAUCCAGUUUCCAUCCUCACAACUUGUAUUUCCACCUUCCCACCGCGGCUCGCCUGCAUUGAAUUCAGCCAGAAACAUAAAGCUGAAGAGGUAAGUUUGCAUUUCUUCUGUUGGGAGCGUCUUACCGAAUAUUCUUGCCAAGAAAAGUAGCUUAAGGUGUUCACCGCGGUGAAAAUGUUGACUGUGGUCUUCUCGAUUAUGAAGCCGUGUGUGUAGUCUAAUCAGCCUGUCAACAAAGUUUACUCCUGAAAAAGAAGGCGGCAUGUUCCUUCGAAAACAUUGACAUAGCCCAGAAGGCCACAAUCCACGAAAGUAAAUCAGUGCUUUUCGACGGUAAUUAACUGGAUUCGCCGAGUCCGAAAGGGUUACAUAUGAAAGUAAGUUUACUUCAACAGCCUUUUACAUUUGGUGUGUCCAGAGACAGCCCUUAACCGUGUUGCAUAAGUAAAAUUUUGGUAAGGCUGAACACAGAGUUUCAGUUGAACAUAGAAACACGUAGAAAGAGAGAUUCCUGUCUGUCUACAAGGGAUCAAGUUGCUGUCCUCCCUUUCAGUGUCAAAAUGAGGUUGUUAC